CUCUCCACAAACAAAACGACCAACGAUCAUACACUUCAACAUUCUUCUUACAGCGCCAUUAUGGGCUCCAUGCGCCUUACUAUUGCGCUCAAUAGUAACCGCAACCUCAAGUCGGUCCUGCUCCUUAACGCUGCCACAUCUUUUGAUCCAGCAGACCCUGCUUCUGUGCAGAGUCUCGUUCUCAAGUCAGCGCAAUCAAAGCUCCGACUGAAGCUCAAGAAAGGCGCUGUCGGACGCAUCUUCGCUGCGCGCAACGGCACCGAGCUUCUUACCACUGACGAUUGGAAGCGCGAGGCCUUCAACGAUGCUGUUCUCUUACUCAGUGUGGGCGAGGACUUCGUCGGAUUGAAAAAGGCCACUUCUGGCAAUGGAACAAGUUCUGGUGAUGGCAGCCUUGGAGCAGGAAAUCCCAACUGUGGCAUCACCAUUCUCGCCGACAGCGUCUACGUCGACCAGCUGUCUAUCACACAGCUCGAGACGACGGCCCGCACGCUCCCGGGCAUCAUACACGCCGUUGGCCAACCUGAUCUGCACCCCGGCACCAAGUUUCCCAUUGGAGCCGUCUUCGUCAGCCAAGAGUACAUCCAUCCGCCGCUGAUCGGUGGUGACAUCGGCUGCGGCAUGUCCUGGUACAAAACGACGCUAUCACGGAGCCAAGUCGACGGAGAUAAAGCGACAAAAGUCGUGGAAAAGCUGAGAGGUUUAGAGGGUCCGUGGAGGAGCCAGAGCGAGCGUGUUCUGUGGCUCACGGAGGACGGUACGUGCUCUUCAGUUGGCAAGGAGUGGGAUGCAAGCUUGGGCACCAUUGGUGCAGGCAACCACUUUGCGGAGAUACAGGUCGUCGAAGAGGUUCAGGAAGAGGUGGAUUUCAAGCUGGAUGACGUGGUUCUCCUCGUGCACUCGGGUUCAAGAGGCUAUGGUGGCGACAUCCUAAAGAGGUAUACGAGCGAGGGUCAUACCAGUCUGCGCGUGGGCGAAGAGGCGACGAACAAGUAUUUGGAAGAGCACGACAAGGCAUGCACAUGGGCUCAGGCGAACCGCGACCUCAUCGCUUUGCGCUUCUUGGCUUGUCUGGAACCUGGAGAGAGCGCCUGGGAACUUGGCCGCAACGAUUCGGAGUCACAAAACAACGCCUCAGCAGACAUCAAGGCCGCGAGAGCUAGAGUCCAACAGCGGAAAGUCGUCGAUAUCUGGCACAACAACGUCCAGCGCGUGGUCUGGCCACCCCAGCCGCCCUCCUUAUCAACAACUUUACCACAAACGACGACCGCGGAAGUCACCAGCGCCAUCAACGAGCUUAGCAUCGCCAAUGCCGACCCCUCGACACCAACACCCACACACGCAUACAUCCACCGCAAAGGCGCCGCGCCCACAACCUCGCCCACCACGGCUCUUCCGCUCGCUAUCCUCCCCCUCCCCGGUAGCCGCGCAACCCCCACCGCCAUCCUUAGCCCCGCAUUCUCUGACAAAACCGCCUGGGGCGCCAGCAACGGCCUCUCGCUUGCGCACGGCGCCGGGCGCGCCAUGAGUCGGGCCAAGGCCCUCAGUAGCCUUAGCAGCAAGUACAAGAACGACGCGCAUGGGAUGCUGCAGCCGGGAAAGGUAGCUGGGAUGGCUGCUGGCGCCGCCGCCGCUGCUGCUGAUAGUAGUGGUAGUGGUGGCAAGGCGAGGAAAGGGAAGGGAGGCAGUGCUACUGCUGGUGGCACGUGGGUUGUUUGUGAGGAUAAGCAGCUGGUGUGGGAGGAGGCGCCUGAGGCGUAUAAAGAUGUUGUGGCUGUGGCAGAGGAUUUGGUCCGCGCGGGCGUGGCGGAGGUAAGGGGCUGGUGCGUGCCGAGGAUUAGUUAUAAGGUGCGGGACGAGUGAAGUCUCUUUCAAGGUGUCUGGAGAGAUGGAGUAGAGGAAGGCAUAUGCGUUCCUAUGGAGACAUCCAGCAGUCGGUAAUGUAGACAUGAGUCUUCAUUUUUCAUACCUUCGCGUGUCGCCGGCCACUGUCUUGCAGGUUGCUAAGACGCCUUUCCUGGGUGUAUAACAUCCGUCACCGUUGAACCGAGAUCCACAGUUUAGCGAGAUAGGGAACGAUACAAGUAGUCCCUACAGGGUACUCCUUGCCUAGCUCCCAGCCCAAGUCCUAGGUAUAGGUGAAAAGGUUUUAGAGCAUACGCAGGCUCCACGUAUCCUAACUAGGUCUCUUCUUCUACUCUAUACAAGUAUUACUAAUUCGUAAGGUGGUAAAUCUCGCUUCACGAUGACGGACGUUAAAAAAACGAGUAGGCUCUGACA